AGAAAUCCAAGCGAACGUAAAUAAAGAAUAAUUUGGCGCUUACAAUGAGAGUUACCAAUAGACACGUUGCCAAUCAAGGCAAUAAGAUGAACGGCAAUAAAAGAAUUAAGGUGGUCAAAGACAACUUACCAGCAUCACAGAACAAGCAAUGGGCUAAAGCAACAUUCAAGCAUCAAGCCACAAGCAACUUGUCACCACAAAUCGAAGAAUACGACGAGGCUCACCUGUACAGCGAUAUAAAUGAUGAUGCCAGCGAUACAGAGCCCGAACAAAUCGAAGAACAGAAGCGCGCAUUCAUGUCCGUGGCAUCAAAAGUACGUCCAUUGCUUCAAUUAUUUGCGGAUUCCGAGGACUCGAAACUAGUAGUUCCCAAGACAAUACCUCCAGGGAUGACAACAGUCCAGCAACCGAUAUUAUAUAAGGAUAUAAGUCUAUGUUCUGAAGAAGAGAAUGAAAACCCGUCAGAAUUCCAGGAAGAUCAAAUGGAGUUUAUAGAUAGUAAAGUUACUGCACACAAAUUAAAUUCUAAACGAUUUGAGUGGACUCCAAAAUCAACAAAUGCGUUUCUCGACUUAUGGGAAAAGAACGUUGAGGGAAUUCGUGGUAAGCGAAAAAAUUCGCUAAUACACAAGGAAAUGGCUCAAGAAAUGAGAGAAUAUGGACCAACUCAUCGUGAAAUAAAAGCAAAAAUGGACAAUAUGAUAAGAAAACAUAGAACUGAAGCCGAAAAGAUUAAGUUGGGAAAACGAACAAAUUGGCGAUAUUAUAAAAGAGUUAAGUCACUCUUAACUGAACCUCUACCUUCUUCUUCGGAUUUUGAGGAGAUUUUAAUCGAUAGCAAUGAGCUAUCGACGUUUUUGAAUUCAGACAAUAGCGAUGUUGACAGUAAUUAUAAUGAUAUGUCAGAAGAGGAAGACAUUCCAAAUGGUUCAAUAAAAAGAAAAGAAGUGGAACAAUUCGAAGACAUACAAGAAAUGUAUAAAAAAGAAAAACCUCCUCAAAAGGUAAUUGAAAAACCGCAGAAAGGUGAACAUCAAAUUGAGACCAAGACAGAAACUUCGAUAAGUACAACAGACAGAAUGCUACAAAUUGAGCAAGAAAAAUUACAAGUCGAGAAACAAAAACUGCAAGUUAUGAAACAUAUAUCCCGAGACUUAUUAUCGAUCAGUAAAACACUUGUCGAAUUAUUACGAAAUACAAAAAAAUAAAUCCCAAACUUGGAUAAAACGAAAAUGUUA